GGGGCAUGAGGAAGGUAGGGGGGGAGAUAGCCGUCGGUGUAUCCAUAUAAAAGGAUCCCGCCCCCAGCAGAGGCAGUGUGAGGCGAGCAUCGUGGUGUGGACUUGCUGCCUACAUCUGUAUCUGUGCCAGUUCUUACCGAGCGACCUUCACUAUCGCCCCUACAUGUAGACUUUGUAGAGAAACUGUGACCUGUUGGCUGGUGAGUGGUGCGCCUGGCAAGGUGUGUAAACUUACUCCAGGUGUCGUGUGAUAAGUGGCGCAGUACCUGAGUGACUAACUGUAUCAAGGGCGCACGACAUUCCCGACACAGUUAGGGGGCGACCUACGGUACUUCUGACAUUCUCGAGAAUAUUUGUUGAAACACUUGUUUAGGCCUCUUGACACCUACUUGGGACAGAAUUGCGGGCAGACGAAUAUGGAGUUUUUCUCCGGGAUCGCCAAUGGCACAUACAGUUACAUGGAGGACCUGGCCAGGACGCGGUUGAUGCUGACGAUGGAAUCCUCCCUUCUGGCUGUCAUCGCCUGCACCCUCCUGACCUACGUGUGGGCCACGCUCAUCUGGCCCAGGAAAUUCGAACACAUGCGCGAUGACGCGUGCCCUCUGCCCUUGCCGCCAGGAACUAUGGGAUGUCCGUUCAUCGGAGAAUCGUUGGAACUAUGCAGGAAGGGCAGCGACUUCUUCUCUGAGCGUCUGAAGCGCUACGGCCCCGUGUACAAGACUCACAUCUUCGGCAAGCCCACAGUGCGUGUGGUGGGCGCCAGCAACGUGCGACCAGUGCUGAUGGGUGAGCAUCACUCAGUCUCCUCCCAGUGGCCCUCCAGCGUCACACAACUCGUGGGCUCCAAGGCCCUCUUGUCCCUCACAGGAGACGAGCAUCGGGUGGUGAGACAAACCAUCGCAGCAGCCUUCACACCGACCAUCUUGGCAACCUUCGUGCCCCAUAUACAGGAAGUCACGCGAAGUCACCUGAAGCGCUGGUGUGAGGAGUCGGAGGGGAAAGGUCAGAUACUGGCUUUCCCAUCAUGCCAAGCUCUGGUAGGGGAUCUGUUCCUGAAGGUCUUCCUGGGGUCUGUGAGAGACUGCAGUCACCAGCAGCAUCUCCUGUCCGCCCUGCAUGAAGUCAGCAGCAACCUCUUCUCCGUCUCCCCCUGCCUCCCCGGCACUGGAUGGUGGAAAGCGACGAAGGCCAAAAAGAUUCUGAUGGACGAAAUUCGACAAAAGAUGAGCAGAAGCCAGUCGGAGACAACAGACAGCUACCUGAGGAUACUACAGGAUCUGAGUCAGUCUGAGUGUGGCAAUGGUGCCAGACUGAACCAUCAUCGCCAGGUCAUCGAGGACAACAUCAUCGAGCUGCUGAUAGCGAGCUUCGCCAACACACCCAGCGCCUUGUGCUCGGCUCUCUUGGCUACCGGCAGAGAGGCGGAAGUCGUGGAUGAAAUAGAGAAGUGUCUAGAAAAACACGGGUUAAUGGAAACGAGCGACACAGGUGAACUAGCGUCCUUAACCUAUGACCUCGUCAUGAAGCUGGACUACGUUCACCGAGUCGUCUUGGAGGUUCUCAGGGUGUUCCCUCCUGCGGGGGCGGGCUUCCGGAUGGUGGACAAAACUCUAGAAAUUGGGGGUUUCCAGAUCCCCAAAGGCUGGAGGGUGGCUUUCUCAAUCCGGGAAACCCAGCAGACGACAAAAGUGUUUGAAGACCCGGAGUCCUUCUGGCCGGACCGCUGGCUGAAGUGGAACCCGGAGGAAAUGGAGGCGACCCAGCGCUUCAGUUACCUGCCCUUCGGUCUGGGUGCUCGGUCGUGCGUGGGCAAGCGCCUGGCCAACCUCGUGCAGGCCAUCUUCCUCGUGGAGCUCGUGCGCCAUUGCCGCUGGACAGUCCUCAACCCCCGGCCCAACAUCCUCCACAUCCCGUCCACGAGACCUGCAGACGACAUGCCAACAGUCUUCAAAUGCCGUGAACAUGUCAGUUUUGCCAGUGUCGGCCACUUUGCUGUCCGCCCCACCUGGACUGAUUGAUGGAGCACUGUUUACAUGAAACAAAUAAAAUAGUAAGGAGUAUUCAUCCGUCUUCAUAAAUUGCUGAUGAAGGAACUGUGUUCAUGUUUUUUAUCAGAUACAGUUCAUUGGUACCAGUCAGUACAGCAAUCGAAAUGUCAGUGACUUGUAUUCUCGUUUAUCAGGUUAAUGAACUGCUGUUGAUGCUGUUAAAACUGUUCAUGGUGGUUUAUUGCCUCCCUGUAGUACUUACACAUAUCACACAAAACACAAGAAUAAACUAAGUACAGUGAUACCUCGGUUCUCGAACAUAAUUUGUUCCGGGAGGACGGUCGAGAACCAAAUUGUUCGAGAACCGAAGCAAUGAAACCCAUAGGAAAUA